AUGGUUUUAGCUAUUAAAACAUUACGAUUUUACAGGAGCUACUACAAAUGCAGCACUUUCAAAGAUUGUCCAGCAAGAAAACUAAUUGAAAAAAGCAAAACCGAAGAGGACACUUAUGUUAUAACAUAUCGAGGAAAGCACGAUCACCGAAUACCAGAAGUUAAACGAAACUCUGAUAUUGGGACCUCUCGGAACAAGUCAUCAGAGACUCGAUUAUCCGUUGUCGAACCAGUUGGAUCAUCUCAAAAUUUCAAAAACUUGAGUUCUCCUAAUGUGGGGAUGGUGCAGUUUGAUCAGUCGGAGAGUAACAACGGUCAAGUUCUUGACGGUCAUUUAAAAAUCACUAAUCUAGAAACUGAACUUAAUGAGAGUCAAUCACAUGUUGUCGGAGAAGUUGGAUCAUCCCAAGAUGUUCAGAGAUUAGAUUCACAUAACAAGAUGAUGUUAGAGUGUGAUGAGCUGGAGAGAAACAAAGCUCAGAUUUUCCAAGGUGAAUUAGAAAUCCCUUAUUCUGAAAUAGAAUUUACUGGAAGCUAUAAUGACGAUGAUGACAUUUUGAUACCAAAUAUGUCAGCUAUGUUAGAAGAUUUCCUACUGGAAUAUAAUCACCUUGAUGGUUCUGUAUUACCUUAA